AAGAAAAAAAAGUGCAUAUUAAAACAUUUGGCGACGAAGAAAUGGAUUCUGUAGAAACUACUGCAGUUGCCGCUUACGAAUUGCCGGAGUUGCAGUAAUUCCCGAAUUCUCGAAGAGUUCAGUCACCGAAGUUCACAAUAAUAAUAACUUCAUUCAAUUACGAUACACGGAAUUGAAGAAUCGGAGAAGAACAGAGGACGCAUUUUCGAUUGUUCUGGUGCGGUGAUCGGCGACGUAGCAUACGGCGGAGCUUCGGCGAAGGAGGAGGAGGAGGAGGAGGAGCAGGUUAUUGAUUUGGUUUGCUUAGGGAUAGACCCUAUCUUUCCUGAAGUUUGAUUCUUUUGAAGAUCAUUUUGCCUCCAUGGCGUGUAUUAACAAUGAAACUGGCUCAGAUUGUGUUCCAGAAUCUAUUGAAUGCAAUUACAAUACUGAGUUGCAACACCAGAUCGUUAGUAUCGAUCCAAUUGGUCUCUUGUGUCAAGAAAAGAUAAACCACGAGGAUGCCAUUCAAUCUCCAUCUUCAACUGGUGGUGGGAAUAGUUGCCUGACCACUAAAAUUAACCACUCGUCGGUAGAUUGUUUUGAUGAUAAUGCUGAAGGUAUUAAUGCAUUUAUGUCAUCAUCUGGUAAGAAAUCCUCAGACUCGUAUGUGGACAAAAGUGUCAUGGAAUGUCAAAUGUCGAAAAUGAUAGUAUGUGACAAGGAAAUUAAUGUCAAUGAUGUGAAGGACAUCUGUAUUGAUGAAGGGGUGCCUUCUUUGGUCAACUUCAUCUUUAGGAGUACGGAUGAGAAGUCAAGCUACAAAACCCUGCCUUUGAACCAAAAUGAAGGUUCUAUAAAAGAACAAAAGAAUUCUUCUGAGGUGUUGGAGUCCAUUGCAGAUAAUAAAAAAAUCUCUUUAGAAGAUCACUUUGCCACGGACUGGAGUACUCAUAAUGAUGCCAAGGAUCUGAAUCAGAUAGAGGAAGCAAAACUCAAUCAAAGUGAACCACAAGUUCCGGUGCAAAAGCUAGUUAGGGAAAGUCACUCUUCCGAGUCUUUAGACAACCUAGGUAUCCAGAUAUCUAGUGAAAAAGGCAACUCGGAAGACCCUGCUUCAGCUUUCAAACCCGUUGAAUCUUGCAAUGACAAUUCUGCUCUGGGAACUGAGGCAGAAUCACCAAAUGAAAACAUUCCAACACAACACCCUUCAGCUCAUAAUAAUGAAUUUGAGAAGGGAAGUACUACAUUGAAUCUCAAUUCAAUCUCUCCCAUGGCCAAUGCUGAAGAAGAACUCCAUGGAAAUAUCAACUCAGACUACCCAGGACCCAAGACCAGUAGCGCUGGGACACAGGAGUGUUAUGGAAGUAACGAUUCUGCAUUCGGAACCCAAGUUUCGACAAGUCGAUUAAUUUCAAGCCAGACUGCACACGACAGUGGCGAGUCUAGUUUCUCUGCUCUAGAUCCAUUAGCUAGCCUUGUUACUUACUCGGGGCCAAUAGCUUAUUCUGGAAGCAUCUCUCUUCGAUCGGAAAGUAGCACGACAAGCACCCGCUCUUUUGCCUUCCCUAUAUUACAGUCUGAAUGGAAUAGCAGCCCGGUUAAAAUGGUAAAAGCUGAAAGGAGGCAUUACCGGAAGUACAGAGGAUGGAGGGAGGGGCUUCUAUGCUGCAGAUUCUGAGUGCUUUCUUUGCUAUCAGUAGAGGUAGAUUCUGUUCACACAUGUAAGUAGAAGAUGCAUUAUUUCUUUGCUAUUAUGUGAAAUUUAAGGUGUUAGUAAUACCUCAUAUCUCUAUCUCUCUCUCUCUCUCUCUCUCUCUCUCUGGUUGUUUCUUGUUUCUGCACUCAUUCAUAUUGUUCUUUGAUUUGUAUAAGAACACGAUAUGACAUAGUUUCUCUGCAUAGAAUGAUAUUAUCAAAACUCUUCCACAAGAGUUAAAUUUU